CAUUUACUUCCUCUCCCGACUGCCUGGGUCUCUCCCGUGCACUGCCUCCCCCGAUAAACCCUAGCUGCCGCCGGCACGCCACCGCCGCCGACGCCGGACUGCCCAGAUCCGGCGGACCCCCGUCUCGCCGGACCCCCGCACGCCCAGCCCAGGCCGGCGCCCAGGCCUGCUCGCCCGUGCGGCCACCCGGCGCCCAGGCCGGCGCGCGCGUUCCACCCCCGCCACCAUUGAUUCCUCCCCUUCUUCUUCCUCUCCUUCGCGUCUCAGCUUCGUCUUCCUCCUCGUGUCGUGUCGCGUCGUGCUUCGAGCUCAUGCUCAGGUAGUCAGGUAGGAGAUGGUCUCCACGGUGUACAGGGAGGCGGCAAUGGCAGGGGACGGGGAGCACUACUCGUGGCUGAUACGGGAGCUGUGCGCGUUGCUCGUCGCCGUCAUUGAUAUCUCCCCAUCUUCCUCCGCCGCCGCUAGGGUCUCCGGGGGUGUCCCCGCGGCGGCGGCGUCGAUGCUGCUGGGCGCAUCGAUGGCGCUGAUGCUGUGCGGGUCCGUGACGUUCGCCAUCGGGUUCCUCCUCAUGCCCUGGGUCGCCGGCGUCGCGCUGCUGUUCGGCUUUGCCGCCGCCGUCUCCGCUGGGGUCUUCGGCAAGUCCGCCACCGCCGUGCGAGGCCGCGCCUCUUCUCCUCCAGCGAUCAACGCCUCCGAUAAACCACUAGUUGCUUAGGCAGAUCUAGCUUAGCCUGAAUCGAUUGGUUGGUGAUCCCAUGUAAAAAAAUGCCUCUUUUUUUUUGUGUCGUCCUCUGAAUUCAUGAGAUGCUGCUUGUUCAAAUCUGCAUCACACGUCCAAAGGAUGCAAAGUGAAUUGUUCUUCCACAGGAACGAACAAUUCCUGACAAAAAUACCUCCAUGUACUUAUUAUUAGUCACACACCACGUUUUCCUGUAUUUUUUAGAAUUUUCCGGAUUUAUGAGCCAAUUUCCUGAAUUUUAGUGAAUUUCUAGACAUUGUAUAA